CCCCAGUUUAACAUCCCUGGCUUUGCAACCAACUGGUAAUACAAGCUGCCGUCACCUGUCUGCAGGAGCCUGGAUUAUAUUUUAUUCGAAUAGGUUUCGAACUCCGUUUUGAAGUCUCCGAAGAUGUCUGGCCGUGGAAAGAAGCCCCCAACCAAGACUACGGGCGCCGUCUCAAGGUCUGCCAGAGCGGGGCUCAGCUUUCCCGUGGGCCGUAUCCAUAGGCUGCUGCGGAAGGGCAACUACGCCCAGCGGGUGGGCGCGGGGUCCUCGGUUUACCUGGCCGCUGUCCUAGAGUACCUGUGCGCUGAAAUCCUGGAGCUCGCGGGGAACGCCUGUCGCGACAACAAGAGAACGCGCAUCGCCCCGCGACACAUACUGUUGGCUGUCCGCAACGACGAGGAGCUCAACAUGCUCCUAGCCCAAGUGGUGAUCUCGGAGGGCGGCGUCCUGCCAAACAUCCAGGCUAUCCUUCUGCCCAAGAAGACCAAGGGCUCCUCCAAGGACGACAGCGUGGCUAAAGACGUUCAGUCCCAAGAGUUUUAAUUGUUACUAUUCGAGUUUUUAAAUGCAUCAACUGAUUUAAAUAAAGCUAUUUUCUUACUCACA